AUGACGUGGCAUCUCCUCCUAUGUUCUGCGGCCAGCUACUGUGCAGACAAUGUGCUGGGCGACCACAUCAGUGGGGAAAACCUGUCAGAGGAUGCGGGAGACAAACACAUGGAACCUCUGGGGACUGAUGAUGACUUCUGGGGUCCUUCGGGACCUGUGUCUACUGAGGUGGUUGACAGAGAGAGGAACCUGUACCGAGUGCGAUUGCCCAUGGCUGGUUCCUACCACUGUCCCAGCACAGGACUCCACUUCGUGGUGACAAGGGCAGUGACAAUCGAGAUUGAAUUCUGUGCCUGGAGCCAAUUCCUGGCUGAGACUCCCUUGCAACACAGUCACAUGGUGGCUGGACCUCUGUUUGACAUCAAGGCUGAGCACGGAGCUGUGACUGCAGUGUGCCUCCCUCAUUUUGUGUCCCUCCAAGAGGGAAAGGUGGACAGCUCCUUGUUCCAUGUUGCCCACUUCCAAGACCAUGGGAUGGUCCUAGAAACGCCAGCAAGGGUGGAACCACAUUUCGCAGUACUGGAAAACCCAAGCUUCUCCCCUAUGGGAGUUCUACUGAGAUUGAUUCCUGCUGUUGGACACUUCAUCCCCAUCACUUCCAUCACAUUGAUCUACUAUCGCCUGUAUCUCGAGGACAUCACCUUUCACCUUUACCUGGUCCCCAAUGACUGCACUAUUCGGAAGGUGACACUGAGGACCACAAAUAUGGGGCCAUGGUGGGCAAACAGAAAAUUUGAGUUAUAGCUAG